AUGCGGCCUGCAGCUCCGCAGGCACCUCGUAUUGCCGUCAUGGAUCCGCUGGCGGACAUGCGCAUGCGCAACCUCAGCAAGCCCGAUGGUCUCGGGGCCAAUUCGGACUGGCCGAGCAAGGAGCAGAUCAUGGCGUCCGGCAACACAGGCAUGCCUUUGCGCCCUGGCCUGUCUCAGCGCGAUUCUGAAGUGUCGAGCGAUGGCGCGGAAGAUUACAGUGAUGGCGCCAACUUCAACUGGUCCGACGAUGAAGCGGUCGAGGAGAGCGCCAAGUUCGAAGAGGAGAUCGCACAACAGCGCAAAGUCAAGAUCGGCCGAAUCUCGCUGUGGGCAAUCAUUCGCUUCCUGGGCGUGACGUUCCUCGGAAACUUGAUCAUCUCAUCCUUGCUCAUCGUUCCGGUCCUCGUGAUUCAAUUCGUCUACCGGCCGGCCGGCGGCGUCAGCACGCAGGAGACCGCGCACAAGGACUACGUCGCGGACAACAUUCAGGCGUGGUUCAUCUGGGCCGCAUUCAACCUGCACGUCAUGUGGUGGCUGCACUUUUCCGUCGGCCUCAUCCCACGCGUGGGUAUCCUGUUGGUGCAAAUCGUCUGGGGAACGGCAAACCAAAGGGUCAAGACGUACGCAGAGGUCUACAAUGCGAUCAAGGCGUAUAUCUCGCCCAUCACAUAUGCAGCCAUGAGCUGGGCGAGCUGGGCGACCCUCUUCAACCCGAUCUUUGGCCUGUACAACCAGACCGACCCUUCGCACAGUCGCGGCGCAUAUCUUUACCGAAUCUACCAAGUUGUCGAGUUUUUCUUCUUCGUUAUACUCACAAUAUGUGUCGAAAAGAUCAUCAUCAAGUGCAUCGCCAUGUCCUUUCACAAGUCGGCAUAUGCGGAACGUAUCGAGACGGUGACCAAUGCGCUGCGCACCUUUGACAGGCUCAAGGACUACCGACCCAAGUGGAAGGAUCGGAACCACAGCCGCUCGGGCCGCGCGACGCCCUUGGCCUUCAGCGCGAAUGGACCAGGCAGCGGGGUGCACUCUCCUAUUGCGCCUCCGUCGGCGAGCUUGGGAAAAAGGACACAUGCCAAGAAGCGCCCGGCUAUGCCACACUCGUCCGUCGACCUGGAUGCUGCUGCUGCAAUCACAGCAAGCAUGAGCAAUGGGAGCGGGCAGACCUCUGGCGGUACUUCGCCAACUGUGACAGCGAGAGGGGGCAAAGGCGCCGCGAAGAUCGCUCGCAUGCCGGUGCAGGCGAUCCGCUCUGGCGCCUCGACGGUCAGAACUGGCGCGGGUAAAGCGAGUAGGAUCGCGCGUGUUGCGCUGACGGAUCCGUUCAGUCUACUCUCGAGCAAGACGACCGGCGUCGGUGCGGAUGUUAAUUCGCCGCAGGCGGCCAAGCGGCUCGCCAAGACGAUCUUCCGCUCGUUCCGUGGCCACCAUCGCCGGUCGUAUCUGAUCCCGUCGGACUUUGAGCCGGCGUUCGCGACGGUGCAGGAGGCGCGCGCCGCAUUCGCCGUGUUUGAUCGCGAUGGCAACGGCGACAUUUCGCAGUCGGAGAUUAAGAACACCGUGCUGGCGACGUACAAAGAGCGCCGGUUCCUGAGCAAGUCGAUGCAGGAUGUCAACCACGCGGUGGGCCAGCUGGAGCGCAUAUUCUACUUUGUCGUCUUUGUCAUCCUCAUGUUUGAGGCGUUCGCCAUCUUUGACGUCGACAUUUCCAAGACACUGACGACGUUCUACACGCUGGGGAUCGCAUUUGCGUUCAUCUUCAAAGAAUCGGCGCAGAACGUGUUCGACAGCAUCAUCUUCCUGUUUGUCACGCAUCCGUUUGACACGGGCGACCGGAUCGCGAUCACUAAGGAGAGCACGACGGUGGUGAUGGCGGUGAAGCGCAUGUCACUGCUCUCAUCCGAAUUUACGCUGGCGGACAACACGGACAUGUACGUGGCGAACAGUGUGCUGGCGUCGAUCAUGAUCACCAACUACAGGCGCAGCGGGUACCAGUGGGAGUCGGUCGCGAUCCAGGUCGCGUUCGACACGCCACUGCAGAAGCUUGACGCGGUCGAGGCGGACAUGAUCCACUGGCUGUCGACCGAGCCGGAGCGCAUGUUUGAGCCGACGACGGCGAUCGUACCGCAGAAGAUCAACUACAUGCGCAGCAUCGAAUGCACAGUCGGCAUGACGCACCGCCGCACGUGGCAGGACUGGGGCAUGCGCUGGUACUGCCGCAACGCCUUCGUCGCCGCACUGUGCUACUACAUGAAGAAGCACGGCAUCCGCUACGCGCAGCCAAACCAGCCGAUCAUCUACUGGUGCGAUGACGCAGCACAGCUCCCGCCGUCGUACGACAACUCGUCUUCGACGCCAGCCCAGGCGGACGGCGAAGGCGGCUACCAUGCGAUGUACGACGACAGCUUCGACCAGUCACCACCACCCAGCCCGGGCACGGGUGCGCACGGUGCGGCUGCGGCGACGAGCGGAGUGCCGCCGGCGAAGGUCAAGUCGUUCAUGGGCUUUGCGUUGCCGGCGGACGAGCUGGACGGGACGGGCUUGCGCAAGCGGCGGGCCAAGUCGAAGAGCAAGGGCGUGGCGAUCCAGGGCGGCGACGGUUGA